GGCUGGGGAGUGGGCCCUCGGAGGAGCCCAGAACCCUUCUCAGAUUGGGCCCGAGAUUCUUCUCAGACCAGCGGCGGCCCCCUCCCCCCCAAACGCCAACUGCCCUGCUACUCCCAGCUCCCGAGCCUCUGUCAGGUCCCCCGCCUUCCCGCCAGGGUUGCGGCCCUCUCCUCUCCUCUCAGCGGGUCAGCUUCCCUGGUUUCCCUUAGCCGCACCCGUCCUCAACCAUUCUUCCCAGACCGGUUACCCGUUGGACCCUUUCCGCCCUUCGACUCUAGAUUUACCGAGAUGCUUAAUCCCCACCGCGGAGCUGGCCUAAUUUCGGGUCUCUGGAAAACCUACCAGCAUCCCAUGCUGUUUAUACAAAUAUUUAUGGAAGGCCUCUUGGGUGCCUGGUCCUGUAUUGGGCGCUCUGGUGGGGGAGGGGGCGGAGGUGGCCCCCACCCUAAAGGUGUGGGAGGACACCCCAUAAGGAAACAAUGCAAGUUUUAAGUGUCAUCAGUGGCUUCUGACGGGGUUUUUUUUUUACCCUGGGCUUAUUCCUGGACUCACGUUCUUGACAGUGCUUGAGGAUCUGACUGGCAUAGAAUCUAUGGAUCAAUGUCGCCAUACCUUGGAACAGCAUAACUGGAACAUAGAGGCUGCUGUACAGGACCGAUUGAAUGAGCAAGAAGGUGUACCAAGUGUUUUCAACCCACCUCCAUCCCGACCCCUGCAAGUUAAUACAGCUGACCACAGGAUCUACAGUUACGUUGUCUCGAGACCACAACCAAGGGGGCUGCUUGGAUGGGGUUAUUACUUGAUAAUGCUUCCAUUCCGGUUUACCUAUUACACAAUACUUGAUAUAUUUAGGUUUGCUCUUCGUUUUAUACGGCCUGACCCUCGCAGCCGGGUCACUGACCCCGUUGGGGACAUUGUUUCAUUUAUGCACUCUUUUGAAGAGAAAUAUGGGAGGGCACACCCUGUCUUCUACCAGGGAACGUACAGCCAGGCACUUAAUGAUGCCAAGCGGGAGCUUCGCUUCCUUUUGGUUUAUCUUCAUGGAGAUGAUCACCAGGACUCUGAUGAGUUUUGUCGCAACACACUCUGUGCACCUGAAGUUAUUUCCCUAAUAAACACUAGGAUGCUCUUCUGGGCAUGCUCCACAAAUAAACCUGAGGGAUAUAGGGUCUCACAGGCUUUACGAGAGAACACCUACCCAUUCCUGGCCAUGAUUAUGCUGAAGGAUAGGAGAAUGACUGUGGUAGGACGGCUAGAAGGCCUCAUUCAACCCGAUGACCUCAUUAACCAGCUGACAUUUAUCAUGGAUGCAAACCAGACUUACCUGGUGUCAGAACGCCUUGAAAGGGAAGAACGAAACCAGACCCAGGUGUUGAGACAACAGCAGGAUGAGGCCUAUCUGGCCUCUCUCAGGGCUGACCAGGAGAAAGAAAGGAAGAAACGAGAGGAGCGGGAGCGGAAGCGGCGGAAGGAGGAGGAGGUGCAACAGCAGAAGUUGGCAGAGGAGAGACGGCGGCAGAAUUUACAAGAGGAAAAGGAAAGGAAGUUGGAGUGCCUGCCCCCGGAGCCUUCGCCUGAUGACCCUGAAAGUGUCAAGAUCAUUUUCAAAUUACCCAAUGAUUCUCGAGUAGAGAGACGAUUCCACUUUUCACAGUCUCUAACAGUAAUCCACGACUUCUUAUUUUCCUUGAAAGAAAGCCCGGAAAAGUUUCAGAUUGAAGCCAACUUUCCCCGGCGGGUGCUGCCCUGCAUCCCUUCAGAGGAGUGGCCCAACCCCCCCACACUGCAGGAAGCAGGACUCAGCCACACAGAAGUUCUCUUUGUUCAGGACCUAACAGAUGAAUGACAUUUUUUCUUCCUCUCCCCUCCUACCCUAAUCCCUAAAAGAAAUGGAAAAACAAAAACAAAAAAAAACAAGAGAGAGAAAUUCAUAUUAUUAUUAUUAUAAUACAAUAUUUUUUUUAAAAGACUGCUGCAUCCUAAGGAAGGAUCAGAAACCAUGCUGCCUAAAAGAGUCACCACCUGUGUGCGCGCGCACGAGGUCAGCAAUGAACGUUUCCGCUGGCAAGCCCACCCUCCCCUACUGCCUCUGCACCACGCACCUUCCAAUGAAAGGAGACUCUUCACCUCCAACCCAGUCAUUGUCCCUACUGGGGAAGGGGACAUUCCCACUGGUUCUCAUUCGUUCUUGCUUUUAUGGAAAAUAAAGUGAAAAAACCUCUAUCAUCCAGCUACUGCAGCAUCUUCUGAAGACUUGCUUCUCCCACCACCAGAGAAGAGAGGGAAGAGAAGGCACAGAACAGAGAUGUUCCUUGAACUUCCCACAAUUUAUAAAUAACUUCUAAAUGUUUUCUGUUGCUUUGUAAUGACCAAAGGAAUGAGGCUGAUAUAGGUGUUUUUUUCCCUUAACUUUAUUUGGUAAGAGCCAAUUCUUAAGCCCAUGAGUUCAUGCCCUGGGCUCCUUAGCCCACAAGAGUGUAAUAAAGGUGCCCUGGGCUGGUUUGUGCUUAUUUCUGCCAUUGUUCCUCUCACAUUCCCAGAGAGGUGGUUCUUUUUGGUCCAACUCUUGCUGUCCUUUCUUGCUAUCUAUGUGCCCCCCUUUGAGUAUUGGGAGGAAAUCUGGGUUCGUUGCCCCACAAAGACCGUACAGAUAUACUCAUAUAUGCAGCGUGAACUCUGUGUAUACUCACUAUAUACAUGACUGCAGCUUUCCCUUGGAAUCUGUACCAGGUGGUUAUUACGGGAUCUGAACCAAAGGAUAGUGACUCUUCAUUCCUCUUCUGACACAUGCAUGCUCUUCCUUCCCAGCCCUGAGCUUUCCUGAACUGCCAAGCUUGGUGUUUCCCAAAGGAGUAGCAGGACCUAUGGUAGAACCAGCAGAACCCCGUAAGAGUUCCCUGCCUGUCUCAGUGGGAGUGUGGUGAUGGUGGUGGUGAUUUAGGCAUAGAACUAGAGACCUUGAAGGGAGCCAAGACAGAACUCUCAGCCUGUGUAAACUGUUGGAAGGCACAUUUAGUUUCUGAUGUAGCCACCUGCUGGAGGCAGUUUUAAUCCUCUCUAUUGCUGUGUUGAAGUAAUAGGGUUUUUUAACCUCUGGAUAUCUGUGCUGUGGUUGAGUUUAUGGUAAUGGGUACAUGGGUCAGGCCAUGUAUUAACAGAUGCCAGCAUGAACUGGCAAAUAUUCCAAAGUGUUCUACAGCUAGACUGGUGCAGACUCGUAACACUGCAACCUACUGAAGUAACUGUAGUUCUAGCAUGCUGUGAGGCCAGGGUUCAUGUCAAGAUAAAACAUAACUUGGUAGAUUUGCGGUUUCUAAAGGCUUUCUCUCUUGCUUACCUAAAGUCUAAGGGCCACUCUUUUAGGUAGCAGUGAUGUGUCUUCUAUUCUCUGUAGCCCUCAGGGGUUGGGGCAAACACCAAGGAACAGAGUAAGGAACCUCACACAAAGCACCUGGGGAGCCUGGGAAUUUCCCAGUGGCCUUGGCACAGGUGUCUAGAACACGAUCUCUAGGAAAAUUUAAUUCUGCUCCUGGCUGCCUAUUAUUCCACUUUGUUUCCUGCUGCCUGAAGCCCAGAUGAGUGGGAAAUCACUGUCCGACUGUUGUGUUUUCAUGAAAGGAAUCUGGAGUGAAUACCAGGAUAAAGCAUAUUCUCCACUCAACCUUAUGUGAAUUCUGCUUCCUGCUGACAACCAUGCAAAGAGGAAUUUUCCACUUAACUUGGAGCCUCCCUCCUUGUUGAACUCACAGCUGUUUCCCUGGCAGUACACAGGAGGGGACGACAUUAAAGGCUUUCGCUAGGUUGGGUGUACCAAGUAUCUUGCCCAUACCUCUUUGGGAAGUUGUAAAACUUUUUCCUUAAUUCAGUCUGCAUCCUAUUCUACAAUGUGCACUUUAUGUCUCUUGCCCUUUUAAAACUUGUUCAGUGAAGGAGGUCAGAUGCCAGAAUAUUAAGAAAAAGUCUAUGUCGGUACAGUUCUUGUGAUGGCCUACCCAUUACUUCAGGUUUCAAGAGGUCUUAUCUGAAGCACAUGUUCCUUCCUAGUCCAUCUUAAAACAGGCCUGCUUUGCUCAGACCACGUCCCCCCCCUUCCUUUCUCCUUGCUGACCCUAGGGCUGCUGCCUAGGUGCCAUCUCCCUUCCUCCUCCGUGAAGGAUGCACGUUUUGUCACUUAAAGCCAGUACAAUCUGUUACUCCCAAGGACCUCUGGGAACUUGAUGGGACCUGCAAGGGAGAAAAUACUGAGAAGUAUCUGCAAGGAUUUCCUCAUUUCCAGAUCACCUCUGGGUUAUUUCAGCUGUUUAUCAAACAGCAAGUCAUCAACCUAACAAAAACACUUGUUUCAAGUUGUGUUCUGCAGUCCCAAAACUGAAGUUGUAGAUUCAGCUGAAUAACCAUCAGAAAUGGCCAAGCAAAGACAACCUGUUGGAGUCAGUUGAAUUUCUGCAGCCUCAGUGUGGCCUUUCUGGUCUUUUCUUUCACUUCUGCAGAAUUUCCUGCAGCAAAUACUUCUUUGUAACCUUGUCUUCUUCCACUAUGAUGUUUGGAUAAAAUAUGACCAGAGGAGAAUAUUUAUCUAUUAAAAAAAAAAAAGGAACCUAGAAUCUUCAACUGAGCAGUCAUGAAAAUUGUUAAUGGUGCCAAGGCCAAGGAAAGAGUUUCAGAAAAUGACUGUGGGAAGGAGUGCUAACCCCCAGAAUGCAAAAUCAGGGGAGAAUUAUCUGGUGCUUGAACAAGGAGCUCCACUUUACAACUGGUUUUUUUAGGACUUGUGAGGAACGCAGCAACAGGAAAUCCAUCCACAAAGGAUGCAGUGCCCCAACUUGUACUGCACCUGAAUAGUUAUGUGAUAAUUUACUGAAGAAAUCUAGUGUACUUUAAAUUUUUUUCAUAAAAGUUUACAUUGUAUUGUAGGUUAACAUUAAAUGUUUUAUAACAAAAA